AAGAGAGAGAAAGUUGUAGAGAGAGAGAAACCAAAAAAUGGAACCUAACACAAGCUCCUGGGCGGAGGCACAACGUUGGCUCACCAUCGCCGAGAAACUCCUGAUCUCCGGUGAUCUUAUCGGAAGCAAAACAUUCGCGAUCCGGGUCAAAGAGUCCGACCCGAAUUUCGAGACGGCUUACCAAAUCCUAGCAGUGGCGGACACAUUACUUGCCGGCGAUAAGAGAAUCAACGGCCAACGGGACUGGUACGCGAUUCUCCAACUUGUCGGACCGACCCAUGACUUGGAACUCAUCUCGACUCAGUACCGCCGACUCGCUCUUCUUCUCCAUCCAGAAAGGAACAAGCUUGCCUUUGCUGAACAAGCCUUCAGGCUCGUCAUCGAUGCUUGGUCAGUUUUAUCGAACCCUUCGAAAAAGUUCUUAUAUGAUAACGAGCUCAAUCUCUCUUUAAAUCUCACUCCAAACCCAGUUCUAUUUCCAAACCCCCCAAACCCAGUUGGGUCUGGGUCUGUGUCUGGGUCGAGUCGAGAGCAAGAAAGUCAAAAUCAUCAGCCACCACAGCAAGAGCAAUUGAAACAAAACCCUUUGAAUAGCAGUUAUAAUUAUGAUAGUGGUGGAAAGGGUAAUGAGAAGAGUGUAAGAGAGGAGGUUUCGCGAUCAGUGCAUGUUGAACCUGAUCAAAGUUCGAAUUUUUGGACUGCUUGUCCGUAUUGUUAUCAUAUGUAUGAAUAUCCUAAGAUUUAUGCAGAGUGUACACUUCGGUGUCAAAACUGUAAAAGGGCGUUUCAGGCGGUGGUAAUUUCGUCGCCACCGCCGAUUGUUGAUGGGAAAGAAGCUUAUUUUUGUUCUUGGGGGUUUUUCCCAUUGGGGGUUUCGGCGUUGAAUUUGGAUAAAAAUAAGGGGCUUUCAGGUUGGACACCUUUUUCGCCUAUGUUUACCUGUCCUCAGAUGGUAGAGAAAAAUGGGGGCACAGAAAAUUUGAAGAAGAACAAUGCUCCUAGGAUUUAUUUUGAUGAUGAUGAUGUUUUUGUGCAAGUGACAGAUUCGAGUGAAGAUUCUGAUGAUGAUUGGGGUCGCAUUAAACAGAAGAGGAAAGGGAAGAAUGUGAAGGAGAAGGGUACACCAGGUAGAAAGGUUAAGAAACCGCAAGCAGAUAAAGGAAAGAAUGUUAAAGGAGGUAGUGGUGAGAAUUUGCAAGGUGGGUUUGUAAUGCAAGAGGGUGUGCCAGCGAGUAAUGUUGUGACGGCUGAGUCAAGUAAGAAAGCGACAGUGAGUAGCACAAGAAAGCCACCUGCAAAAGUUGCUAAGGAUUUGGGGAAGUUGGAUUUGAAUCUAGAGUUUAGUAAUGAGAUUGAAGAGCCUGCACUAGUAAUGCGUGGAGGACAUGGAGCAGGAAAUGGGGAGGAUGAUAACAUCGGAUAUGGCUUUUUUGAGGGCCUUGAUGAAUUCCUGAGUGGUUUGCCGAUACUCUCUGGUGUGGGUGAUGAUAAGGUUAAGGCUUCUUAGUGACGUAAGACUCUUUUUUCAUGUUGUUGUAGCUGCUUUUUCUUUUUGUUUAUGUUUGUAGUAAAUAAUUAUGUAGAAAACUGGGAAUUCGUUUAAUGGUUUCAUUGUAGUUCAAUGUAAUUUACUCUAUCCGGGCUAUAAUGCAUUAAGUGGAUUAAUCCCUCCUGGUUAGAUAAUAAGGCUGUGAAAUGGAAGGUUACUGAUUGAGCUGCUGGUGUUUUUCCACCGUUUGCUUCAUCUGUUUCAUCCCCUGUAUCAUGCAAGUCCUAUUAUCUCUGAGUAUGGAGUGCAUGCAGCAAAAAGCAAAGUAGAGUAGGGCUGGCUGCCCAGCUUGUGCCUACCUAUAUGUAAGUGGAAUUUCAACUUUGUAAUACCUCAUUGAACAAAAC